CACAUUAUUAGUUUAAGUAUUGUCAAUUAACAUUAGUGAAAAAUAUUCGCUUCUAAUAUCAGCUUGUUACAUACCAUCAAUUCACAUGAAUUGAAGUACUCUGUAGCUUUGUGAAACUUAUUUAUGGCCACAAAUUGGACACAUUCUACUAGGAUGAAAAGUACAUUUGUAUUUUUGCAUAGGACAAAACUAGUUUUAAGACUCCAGGUUUCCAUAAAUCUUAAAAAUAGUAAUUUUUCAAAAUGUGUCUAAAACACACACGAAAUGCAUUCAUCAUUGCUUACUGUAUGUACUAAGGUCUAGUAUUUUAAAAGUAAAAUAAAUAUAUAUACAUAUGUUAUACAAAAUGUAAUCACCAACUGCUGUUUUUCCAAGAAUCAGUGAGCACUUUUAUCCUAAGUUCAAGGCAGCUUUAUAAAAUAAUCACGUAUCACAUUCAGCAUAAACUGAUGGUAGAAAGAAAUUAGAAAAACGACUGAUUUUUACAAUUGUGCUGAAAUUACUAUUGAACUACUUUGUACUGUUGGAUAUCAUCACCACUAUCUUGUAUGCUUAAAUAAGAAAGUGGAAGUGCAUCAAGUGAUGUUUUCAUGUGAUAACACUAUUGUAUAGCGAUUUAGUUUAAGGUUAUUGAACUGCAUUUUGAUUGGUUGAAAUAUAGCGGUUAAAAAUCUUUCAUAUGUAUGUGUUAUACUAUACUAAUAAACUGGGUUCAGUAUUCAGAGUUAUCUUACCCGGCAGGAUAUAUACUACAUUUGCACAUAAACACUGUGACACCAAUGUUGUGGAAUAAAUUUGUUCGCCUUCAAUACAACCGAUUCUGUUAUAAUCUUCUUCACAGUUUUUAUCGUCAGCCUGAUUUAUUUAGGAUUAAACCGGCAAUAACAUCGUACAACGUAAGAGUACGCUGCGUGUGUAGUGGAUCGAAUAGCAUUCAAAAUGGCAUAGAUACACAACCUGAAGGUCCUGAUGCAGAUUUUAUUCACAGACAUAUAGGAUCUUCUAAGGAGGAUAUUGAUCACAUGCUCCAAGUUUGCGGCUUUAAUAAAAUGGAGGACUUUAUAAGCAAAGUGAUACCAGAGAGCAUUUUGAUGAAAAACGAAUUGAAAUUGGAAAAGGAAAUUAGUGAAGCAGAGUUAAUCAAAAAACUGCGUUUGAUGAUGAAUAAGAAUCAUGUUUGGCGGUCGUAUAUUGGACAAGGAUACUAUGGUACUAUUACACCUACUGUCAUACAACGUAAUAUAUUUGAAAAUCCUGGCUGGUAUACGGCAUAUACACCCUACCAACCAGAAAUAAGCCAGGGUCGAUUAGAAGCACUGUUCAACUACCAGACAAUGGUGUCUGAUUUAACUGGGUUACCAAGAGCUAAUGCAUCACUGCUAGAUGAAGGCACAGCAGCUGCAGAAGCCAUGUGUCUAGCAGUCAGGCAUACAAAGAAGAGAAAGUUUCUGGUUGACACGAAAUGUCAUUUACAAACCAUAGAUGUCGUUACUUCUCGAGCAAAAGAUAUUGAAGUUGAAAUUGACAUGAUAUCUUUGGACAAUAUUGAUCAAGUGAAAGAAAGAAUUAACACUGGACAGUAUGCCGGCUACUUACUACAAUACCCAGAUACAGAAGGGGACAUCUGGGAUAAGAAAAUACGGCUAACUGCUGAAUGGACAAAACUAAAUAAGACUCUACUUAUCAUGGCUACAGAUCUGAUGGCGCUAACACUUAUUGAGUCGCCAGGUAGUUUAGGUGCUGAUAUAGCGAUUGGAAAUUCACAGCGAUUUGGAGUACCUAUGGGUUUUGGAGGACCGCAUGCAGCAUUUAUUUCAGCAACUGAAGCACUCACUAGACUACUGCCGGGAAGAAUAGUUGGACUUUCCAAGGAUAUGGAGGAUCAGCCUGCGUAUAGACUUGCCUUACAGACAAGAGAACAGCACAUUCGUCGAGAUAAAGCCACAAGUAAUAUCUGUACAGCUCAAGCACUGCUUGCAAACAUGGCCGGUUUCUAUGCUGUUUAUCACGGUCCUAAAGGAUUAAAACAAAUCGCUUCGCGUAUCCAUAGAAACACUUUGCGUCUAGCAUCAGCAUUAGAAAAUGCUGGAUAUAAGAUUGCCAAUCAAACUGCAGUAUUUGAUACAAUCAAGGUGUAUCCAGCGUCUAAAACUAAUAGCCUUCAAUCCAUACGAAAACGAGCAACGGAGAAAAGGAUAAAUCUUUUUUAUUACCUAGAUGGAGAAGCGGUUGGAAUAUCACUUGACGAAACUGUAACACGUGAUGACUUCAAUGAUCUACUAUACAUUUUCAAAGCAACUAAAGUGAAACCGAAAGCUCAUUCAACCAACGCCAUCACUACAUACCCUCAUCUUAUUCGCAAAACUGAUUACCUGACACAUUCUGUGUUUAAUUCAUUCCACUCUGAAACUGAAUUAUUACGAUAUAUGAAACGGCUUGAAAAUAAGGAUUUCUCUUUGGCCCAUUCUUGCAUACCUUUAGGUUCCUGCACUAUGAAAUUAAAUGGUACUACAGAAUUACUUGCUUGUUCAUGGGAUACAGUGAAUAAAUUACAUCCUUUGGUACCAAAAAAUCAGAUAACUGGUUACCUAGAAUUGAUUGGACAACUGGAAAAUGAUAUAAAAGAGAUUACUGGUUAUGAUUAUGUUUCACUUGCACCGAAUAGUGGGGCACAAGGUGAAUAUGCUGGACUAAAAGCGAUCAGAGGAUAUUUGGACAGGAAAGGCAAACAGAAACGUAAUAUCUGUCUUAUUCCUACUUCGGCUCAUGGAACAAAUCCUGCAAGUGCACACAUGGCUGGAAUGAUUGUUAAACCUGUAAAGACGCUGUCAAAUGGUUGUUUGGACAUGAAUCAUUUAAAGGAACAAAUCUCGUUGUAUAGAGAUAAUUUAGCAGCUAUUAUGAUUACCUAUCCAAGUACAUUUGGUGUAUUUGAUAAUGAUGUUCAAAUGGUGUGUGAUUUGGUUCACGAAGCCGGUGGACAAGUUUUCAUGGAUGGUGCCAAUUUAAACGCACAGGUUGGUUUGUGUCGCCCAGCUGACAUUGGUUCAGACGUCUCACAUUUAAACCUGCAUAAAACAUUCAGCAUUCCACAUGGGGGCGGUGGACCUGGUUGUGGACCUGUUUGUGUCAAAUCACAUUUGGCAGCAUUCCUACCCAAACAUUAUUUUUAUGGUCACACAUAUGUGAAUGACGCUGGUCAUAAAAUUAAUAUUGGCGAUAAGUCAUCUUCCCAUUAUGCAGUUUGUUCUGCUCCGUUCGGCUCUGCGAGCUUACUGCCAAUAUCAUGGUCAUAUAUCCGAUUACUGGGUCCUAAAGGAGUGAAACGAGCAUCCCAAAUAGCUUUGCUAAAUGCUAACUACAUGCUAAAACGUCUUCAAGAUUACUAUAACAUACGUUAUGUAAACGAUGCUGGAAUGUGUGCGCAUGAAUUUAUAAUCGAUUGUUCACAAUUCUCUGACCAACAUAUCGAGGUAAUAGAUAUUGCAAAGCGAUUAAUGGACUACGGUUUUCAUAGCCCUACUAUGUCAUGGCCCGUGACAUCAAGUUUAAUGAUUGAGCCAACGGAAAGUGAAUCACGCUUAGAAUGUGAUCGUCUGUGUGAUUCCCUUAUAUUAAUAAGAAAAGAGAUCGAUAAAGUGGUCAAAGGAGAAUGGGAUGUAGAAUGUAAUCCGUUAAAAAUGGCUCCACAUACAAUGGAAGUAGUCAUCAAUUCAAAAUGGGAUAGACCAUACACGCGCCAAGAGGCAGCAUUCCCAGCUCCAUGGCAAAAUAUGAAGAAUGGAUCGAUAAAUAAGCUGUCGAAAUUAUGGCCAAGUGUAAGUCGCCUAGAUGAUGCAUAUGGUGAUCAAAACUUGGUUUGCACAUGUCCUCCAUCUUCAACACUUCUUGACAACUGAAUGAGUUCAGACGUCAUUAUAAGUUCAAAAGAAAUUGAUCAGAUUUUUUGUUUUCAUCCAUUCAAAACACUAGCUACAUUCCUAUUGAAGCGUAUCUAUUCUUCUGUUGACCAGUUAUUUGAACUCAUACUUAAAAAUUUGGUGAAUGGCAAUACGAGUUUCUCCUUAUAUAUUCACAAAUUAAAGACACAUUCCGUUUAUUCAGACAUCACGUCAGUAGCGAACUUCAGAUAUAAGUUAGGUUUGGGACUUUAUUUGAUGCCUGAUAAAAUGUAGAAUAUUUUAAAAGUCUUUAGUAGAUGAAUUUUGGAAGUCUUGUCGCGUGUAUGUUACGCACAAUAUAAGGGUCCUAAACUACUUUGCAGUGGUAUUUAGUACUUAAAAUAGAGUUAAAGUGGUUAAGUGUAUUGAUAAGUUUGUAUUACCUCAGAGCUGUAUGGAACAUAAACACUUACCUACUGAUAAAAAUAGAGACGAUAUUCAAGGAAUGGCUUAACAUCACCAGUUUACAAAAUCCAUGUAGCUCGUAAAAUACAAUAAUAUCUACUAAUUGAUAAGUAGGCUGCUAAUACACAUUAUGAGUGAAUAGCAGUCGUUAAAGACUGUACACAAGGAGUUAUAAAAACCUGACCAAGAAAAUCUUCGUUAAGUCUGUGUACGACUAAGUCAGGUGUUAAUAUUAUAUUAAAGGACGAAGCUGGUGAACUCUAACAACUGUGUCUGAAAUCAUGUACACCAGUCGAUCACACUCGGUGUGAAGAAAUUAAUACAGCAUUAGUAGAUUUAUGGAAAAAAUUAGUCGUAUUUCAAGCCAAGAUGUUUGCGAAUUGGUUAGAAAUCUAGACUUAUCCCCUUAAAAGUGUUCACACUGUAGAAAAUAUAGUCAUUUGAGUUGAGCAAUAUCAUAUUGCUCUGCAAUAUUUUUAUACUGACCACUACUCAUCUAGAAGUAUUGAUUUACGCUGUGUUAAC